CUUCAAAAAGAAUAGGUAGCUGAUCAAUUCCACCGACCUGAAUAGAUUAUUGAGGUCCUCGAUCUAUCCUCAUUCUGACAGUUAGCUUUAGGCAGAAUACCUUAUCCUCAGCUUCUCUCUCAUAUAUCAGAGUUUUCAGGCCGUAGGAAAAGCCAUCAACUAAAACCAUCCACUACUUCCCAACAUUGACAUUCGGUGCAAGGGGUACAUUCUAUCCCCCUCUGAAUGUGCUCGGAGAGAAGAAGGGAGAUACCGGAGCAGUUCUCCUCCGUCUUUUACCCUAAUGGAUUUAGGAGUUACCAUUGCUAUCCCAACCCCGGUUUACCAUCCUUGGCGCCAUAGAAAGAAGACAACGGGCAAUGCUCCUUCCCAUAAUCCGUCACCAGUCUGUAAAGAACCUGCAAUCCAGGCUGCUAUCCUUCAAGAAAAAUCUCCUGCCGAGAUGUCAUUCCAAAGAGGACGGGUAACCCUUAGCCAAAUCUUGGCUAUCCCCAUUAUGUCUCAAGCCUACACUCCUCCUAGUCAAGCUGCUACUAUUCCUGCAGCCCCUUCAGCUCCUCCAGUUAUUGCAGUAGCUGAUACUCCUGCCAGUGAAUCUAGGGCUGGACGAAAGCGUCUUAAAGGGUCGAGCUCAAGCCGACCUGUAGUAGCUCCUGACUUUGAAAAUUACCCUCCUGACCUGGGUGACAUCCAUGUUGAUGCCAAGGGUGCUUCAACCUAUGUUAAGGCCUUUAUGGUGGACGAGGAGCAACUUCCUGCAACGGACAGGGUCAGGCCUUGGAGGGAAGGCCACGGAGGCAAGGUUGCAGAAUGUGUAGGCAAGGCUCUCCUCUUCCCCGAGGACAUGAACCACUGGGUGAAGUGGGAUGACGAAUUCUUACUACUCAAUAUGAACGGGGAGGCCAUCAUGGGAUACCAAUGUUCCAUGGUGGUUGAGGAGAGGUUUUUGGCUGCUAAGGCCAAAGCUGAGGAGCUAAGCAAUGACAACGAGGAUCUUUUGAAGAAGAUCUUAGAUGUCAUGAAUAAGGUUUAUGAAUCCAAAAGGCUGCGGUUUGAGGCCGAGGAGAACAUUAAGGCUAUCACUGAGAGGAAGGAGGCCUUACGAAAAGAGUUGCAGGAGAUGAAGAAGGCUUUUGUAGAGAAGGAUGCCGAGUUGAAAGGCUAUGUGGCAGUGGAUGAUGCCAAGGUCCAAGAUGCUUAUUACCAAGGCCAGUACGACUGCAUCGCCUCUGUGAAGCCUGAGGUGCAAUAAAACCUGUAAGUUUACUUUUCAAAAGGGUGGACUGUGGUUUUGGAUAAACUGCAGGUGGAGGCUUCAUCUCCCUGGAGGCUGGAGAGUAAUAUUCCUAUUCCCUAGGGGUUAGUCAUUAUUCCUAAUCCCGAGAUUCAGGCUAUCAUCAAUAAUGAAUCCCCUAUCCAUGAGGUUGGAGAGACUGGUCCAAUUGCCAUGUCAAUAGGAGAGGUGAGCAGUUUUGUUGCGAUGUCUACUACUGAAGAGCCUCCCUGAGUUUAAUUUUCUCUAUUAACGCUUAAAAAAAAAACAUUUCUUUAGUUUGCCCUGUUUUAAGGGCUUUUGUUUUGUACUUAAUUUCCUAAGGUACUUUAAACUUUUGUGCUUAAUAAUAUUUCUAAGUUUUUAUAUCCAUUUGUGCUUUA